UCUCCAAACGUCGAAAUCAAAGCGCACAGCGUAGCCACAAGGUCCACAACGUUCUUUAAAUUCCUAUCCUCUUUCUCUAGCUACCAACCAGAACAACCCACAUACCCACAUACUUCUUUCUCAAUUCUCACCAAGUUUUAUAACACAAAGCUCAUCAAUGGCUUUGACUCGUUUGGCUUUGAAAAGUCUGGAACAAAGGGUGCCGGCUUCCUGUUCUGCUUCUUUGCUUGGCCAAGGUGUUAGUGGUCUUCAGAACCAGAGGUUUGUGAACAGGUUUACUGCAUCAGCUAGUGAUAAGGUGGCUGGUGAGAAGACAACAGAUGGCAAACAGGUUGCUGUUUCUGAACGUGGGAAGAAGUACUCCAAGUUGUUCCCAAGGAGGCAACGCAGGUGGCAGCCUUGGAGGAACGACGACCGUGACUUUGUUCUUGCCCUUUAUGAGUACUUUCCAUCGGGGCUUGGAAAUGCGCUGAUGCAAGCAACGGAGAACAUAAACAAUCUGUUCGAGAAACUAAACAUAUCGCCCUGGACACUCAGUUGCCGCGUAAAAGAGAAGGACGGGUGCUACAUGUUGCGGUUUGAUGCGCCGGGGGUAGCCAAAGAAGACCUGAAGGUGACCAUCGACGACGGGGUUUUGACAGUGAAGGGAGAGCACAAGGAGGAGAAGGAAGAAGCGUCCGAUGAAGAGUUUUGGUAUGGCUACUACAACACAAGCCUGAUGCUGCCCGAUGAUGCCAAGGUUGACGAGGUUAAGGCGGAGUUGAAGGAUGGAGUGCUAACCAUUACCAUUCCUAGAACUGAGAAGCCCAAGAAGGAUGUGAAGGAGGUUAAAGUCGAUUGAUCUGAGCAUAUAUAUAUAUAUAUAUAUAUCUGAUGUGUGUGAAUGUGGAGGAUGGAACUUGGAAGAAAGGAUACGUGUCGCUUUUGAACAACUUUGUGUGUUUUUUAUCAUGACAAUAAGAUCGAUCUUUAUCA